AUGAAAAAAUUGGGUAUUUGCAAAAAAAUUUCUUAUAAGAACUUGCUUAAAGCCUAGCAGCAGUGUCUAGACAUCGUUCCAGAACAAAGCUGCAGCAAUCAUGAUCAAAUCACAAGUUACCAGAGAGAGUUUUAGGACUCUCUGAUGAAUUCUGAGAUUGCUUAACCGAAAUUUAAAACCAAGUAUAAAACUGAGAUGUGUCACAAUUGGGACUUAUAUGGAUUUUGUAGUUUCGGAGAUCAAUGUUCAUUCGCUCAUGGCAGAGAUGAGCUACAUCUGAUCGACAGAAAUCCUUAUAAGUAUAAAACUAAACUCUGCAAACAAUAUCAUUAGCAUAUGUAUUGUCCUUAUGGGAAAAGAUGCUAAUUUCUUCAUGAUUAGACUGAAAAGAAAAUAAUGAAUCAGAAUAGUUCAUACUAAUAUAAACUGUAAAACUUAGUAAGUUAAGUCUAGAAAGAACCUAAUAACAUGUCAAAGUUAUUAAGAUGUCCUAACUCUUAGUAAGAAUCAGCAUUAGCAAGCAGACUCAAAGUAUUCAAGGAGAUAGCUCAUCAGUCUGUCUCAAACAUUAAAAGCUCAGUACUAGUCCCUUAAAUCAAGAAUUCCAAUCAUAAAGUCUAGGACAAAAGGACCAAGAAUAGAAAAAUGAUUGUCAUUUGUGAACCCGCUACCAAAUUCGAAUGA